CCAACGAAUGAUCAAACCACCUUCGAAUUGGUGAGAGAGGCAUCAAUGGCGAUUUCAAGAGUGAAAACCCUGAAAGCUCUUUCGAAUUUUACAUCAACACUCACAUCUUAUUCCAUUCGAUCAUCUUUACUUCGUAGAUUCUCUUCGUCUAACGUCUCACCUCUGAUUCAGGCAAGUUUUCAUCUCAAGAGGAUUGGAUUUGUAGGACUUGGAAAUAUGGGUUUUCAUAUGGCGAAUAAUCUUAUUAACGCCGGAUACAAAGUCUGCGUCCAUGAUAUAAACAGCAAUGUGAUGGAGAAGUUCUCAGAUAAGGGGGUUCUCACCAAAGGAACACCUUUUGAGGUUGCAGAAACAAGCGAUGUUGUGAUCACAAUGUUACCUUCGUCUUCCCAUGUGCUAGAUGUUUACACUGGACAUAAUGGUCUGCUUCAUGGAGAGAAUCCCCUCACUCCAUGGUUAUUUAUAGAUUCAUCAACAAUUGAUCCCCAGACUUCAAGAAGACUUUCCGCGACUAUUUCUAAUUGUGCCCUAAAAGAAAAGAAAGGUUGUGGAUGCUCCCCUGUCUUGUUGGAUGCCCCUGUGUCUGGAGGUGUUCUUGGUGCAGAAGCUGGGACCCUUACUUUUAUGGUUGGUGGCUUGCAGGAAGCUUAUCUGGCUGCAGAACCCAUAUUUCUCUCAAUGGGAAAAAACACAAUUUAUUGUGGUGGGACUGGAAAUGGUGCUGCAGCAAAGAUCUGUAAUAAUUUGGCAAUGGCUGUGAGCAUGCUCGGGGUGUCAGAAGCAUUUUCACUUGGCCAGUCUCUGGGGAUUACAGCAAGUACAUUAACCAAGAUAUUCAAUUCUUCAAGUGCACGGUGUUGGAGUAGUGACAGUUACAAUCCAGUUCCUGGAGUGAUGGAAGGGGUACCUGCUUCAAAAAACUACAAUGGUGGAUUUUCCUCUAAGCUUAUGGCAAAAGAUCUAAAGCUUGCUGUAGCAUCAGCUGAAGAAGUCAGGCUUAAGUGCCCCAUGACAUCCCAAGCACAAGAGAUUUUUUGGGUGCAGAUACAUGAGCCUUUGCAAGGAAGGUCACGAGUCCAAGGACUUCUCUUCUGCUUUCCGCCACUAUUACUCUGGCAAGGAUGAGUAAAGGUUGAUGGGUAAAGCAACCACUCUGGAGAUCUGUAAAGAUGCCACUAGUCCAAGGACUUGUGCUUUCUGCAGCUACUACAUGGGCAGGAAGAUGCUUCAGUUAUGGCAGUUAGAAGCAGCCACUCUUGGUAAAUGCUCUGAGGAAUAAGAUACUUUGAUCUUCUUGCUGUCCCAGCGUUCACUUGUGCUGCACGCUACAUUGUAGGAUUCAGGAUCAUGUGUCAUUUGUAUGAGUUAUGUAGGCAUAGUUAGGUUCCUGAUAUGUGCAAUCUGCGUUUUAGCCUCAUUACAACAUUGGUGAGCCUUCGUUUUUUUUCC